GAAAUCUAGCAGAAACCUUUCAGUAUUAAUUCUACGUUUAUUCGAUAAGCAAAUUCGACACUAUGAGUGAAAAUAGUAAAAAAAGAGUUAUUAUUAUAGGAUCAGGAUUGGUGGGUUCGUUAUGUGCAUGCUUUAUGGCUCAACGGGGAUAUCAAGUCGAAGUAUACGAGAAAAGAGGAGAUAUCAGAGCAGGAAAAGAAAUUAGAGGACGAUCAAUCAAUCUUGCUUUGUCCCACAGAGGCAGGAACGCGUUAAGAUUGGUUGGUUUAGAAGAAGAAAUAUUACAAGCGGCUAUACCUAUGGAAGGGAGAUUAUUACACACAACUUCUGGAGAAUUAAAAUCUGUUUUAUAUGAUCCUUCCUUUAAUCAAUGCAUAUUUUCGGUAGGCAGAAAUCAUCUGAACAAAAAACUCUUGGAAGCAACUCAAAAGUUUUCCAAUAUUGAGCUAUACUUUGAGCAUACAUUGACUGGUUGCGAUUUCGACAACGGAACUGUAAGUUUGUUAAAACUAUCUCUUUUUAGCUUAAAAACUUCCGAAGAAAGUCAAAGAUCCGCUGACUUUAUAAUAGGAGCCGACGGCGCUUACAGUAAACUGCGAUUGUCUAUGCAACAAGUGCCUCAAUUUCAAUACAGCCAACAAUACAUUGAGCACGGAUAUUUAGAGCUGUGUAUACCAGCAAAGAGGAGUCAUUUAAUGGAGCCUAACCAUCUACAUAUUUGGCCGAGAGGUACAUUUAUGAUGAUUGCUCUGCCAAACCAAGACUCUUCAUGGACAGUCACUCUAUUUAUGCCGUUUACAAUUUUCGAAAAGCUGACAGACAAAGCAGAAAUUUUAAACUUUUUUAAAGACACCUUUCCGGACACGCUAGAUCUUCUUGGAAGAGAACACAUCGUGGAAACGUUUUUAAACACCAAACCAUCUCAGUUGAUAUCCAUAAAAUGUUCUCCGUAUCAUGUUGGAUCAAAGUUUAUGAUAAUUGGCGAUGCUGCGCAUGCGGUGGUUCCGUUUUAUGGACAAGGUAUGAACGCCGGCUUUGAAGAUUGUGUCUUUCUAAACGACUUAUUGGACAAAAAUAAAGACGACUUUGAACUAACCAUAAAAGACUACAGCAAAUUACGACUGAAGAACACACACGGCAUAUCCGAUUUGUCAAUGUAUAAUUAUUUAGAAAUGAGAGAUUUGGUUAACACUGUUGGAUUCCGAGUUAGAAAGUCACUGGACCAUUUUUUGUAUAGAAUUUUUCCUUCAACUUGGAUUCCCUUAUAUAACUCUGUUAGCUUUUCUACCAUGGAAUAUCAGGAAUGCAUUGAAAACAGGAAGUGGCAAGACAAAGUCCUUCGUCAAGUUUUUAUCGCUAUUGGAAUUUUCCUGGCUUUGUUCAUAUAUUUUAUAGGUUUAAAAAUAAUUCCAUAAGUUGUUUCUUCUGUUUACCUACUUGGUGUUAUUAAUAAAAAUAUAUGUUAAAUUUUAAUAAAAUAUUU